AUGGAAACAACUGGUUAUUUCAGGGCAACUCCGGGACUUCGACAGGGCGAUCCUCUCUCUCCGGCCCUUUUCACUGUGACUAAGGUGUUUUCCAGGAGCUUUAGGCACAUUUUGUUCGCUGGUACAAGUCAGCCUUUUAGAAUCCGUAGAGGGUGCCCGACCCCUUCCCACCUUCUUUAUGCCGACAAUACCCUUCUGUUUCUAAAUGGCAGCAGAAUGCCUCUUCUGGCUGUCAAUGAUUUCCUCUCCUCCUUCCAGGCUGCCUCUGGCCAACGGAUUAAUAGGAGCAAAAGCUGCUUCAUUUGCUCAGAUAAUCUCUCUACGGGUAGGGUCAAGGCCAUUGAGAGGCUCCUGGACAGAGUAGAGAAAAAAGUUAGUGGUUGGAAGGUGAGGUUCCUAUCCCAGGCGGGAAGAACCGUUCUUAUCUGCCAUGUUCUAGGCUCUCUUCCCCUCCACGUCAUGGCUGUGUCUGUCAUCCCGAAACAGGGCUGGGUGGACGGUAGAAGGAAGUUCCCGUGGAUUGCCUGGAACUCUAUUACAAGGCCACCAGAGGGUGGUCUGGGCGUUAGGAAGCUGCAGGAAGUGUUGGAUGCGAUGAGAAUGAAGAUGGCCUGGGCAGUAAAAUUUGGGGAUUCUAAUGGCCUUUAG